GGGAGAUGAAGCUGAGAGGCAGGGAGGGAGGAGGCAGAGGAGAGACAAAGGUAUGAAGGGAUGUAGCCCAGAUGGUGAACGGAGGGAUGGAAGGAACAGAAAGCGGCAGCAGGAGGAGGAAUCCAUCUUCCAACAGGCAUUCCUGAGUUUAGCCAUUCUGGUCCGGGCAAUGCCAUCGCUGUGAUUUUUGUUUUUAUUAUUAUUUUUUCUUAAUCACUACAGAGAACAGGAGCAACCUGUGAAAAAGCAGGAGCCUGUUGCCUGGAUACCUCUGCUGUCGCCACAACGGCCAAAAGCCAGGACUGAAGCGAGCGUGAGCCUUUGGGUCAAAGCGCAUCUGGAUGGCCCUCUGGCUCCUCUGCUCCCUGGAUGAUCGCAUCGCAUGAUGAGGAAGGGGUCGCCCCAUCACGGAGGCUUCGAGGAGCGCCAGAGAGAGAGGCUGGGUGUGUGUGAGUGGGGGGUUGGAUGGCUCCCCGUUUGGAGCAUCAUUUGUAGAAGCGGAGAACAAAGAAUUUAAAAACUAAGUUUAACGACCAAAAAAGACUGGAGGCAGCGGUGGCAGAGGACCCCAAAGCGGGGAGGGUCCAGUUCAGAGGAGCGGGCUGCUGGCCGGGUCACUUCAGCAGCUAGAGAGACGGAGCCAUGCAGAUCCAGCCGUCAGCUCCUCACUCCAAAGCCUCCAGCUUCAUCCUCAGUCAGAGAUGUAUCCUGGCUUCCAAAAUGGAAAUCCACCGUGAACAGAGCAUCUGCCAGGCACGAGCCGCUGUCAUGGUGUACGACGAUGCCAACAAGAAGUGGGUCCCUGCUGGUGGCUCCACGGGUUUCAGCAGAGUCCACAUCUAUCACCACACGGGUAACAACGCCUUCAGGGUGGUAGGACGCAAGAUCCAGGAUCAUCAGGUGGUGAUAAACUGUGCCAUUCCCAAGGGGCUGAAAUACAACCAGGCCACGCAGACCUUCCACCAGUGGCGUGAUGCUCGGCAGGUCUACGGCCUCAACUUUGGCAGUAAGGAAGACGCCAACGUGUUCGCCAGUGCCAUGAUGCAUGCACUGGAGGUGCUGAACUCCCUGGAUACAGGCCCCACGCUGCCCAGACAGGGUCCCCCGGUUCAGAAUGGCCCCUCACAGGAAGAGAUGGACCUGCAGAGAAGGCAGCUCCAGGAGCUGCAGAGACAGAAGGAGAUGGAGCGGGAGCGCCAGGAACGAGAGCGCCAGGAAAAGGAGCGGCAGGAACGAGAACGUCAGGAAAAGGAGCGUCAGGAGCGGGAGCGCCUGGAGCGGGAGACGCUGGAGCGGCAGGAACGCGAGCGCCAGGAGAGAGAGGCGCAGGCGGAGAGGGAGCGAAUGGAGCGAGAGCAGCAGGAGCGUGAAAUGAUAGAGAGAGAAAAGGCAGAGAGAGAGCGGCUGGAGAAGGAGCAGCAGGAGCAGUUGGACAGAGAGCAGCAGGACUGGGAGAGAGGGAGGCGCAUCUCCAACGCUGCCUUUGAAAGCACACUCUACACUCCCACACCUCAGGAAUACGGCAGGACCUCGUCCACACCCGUAUCUCCAUCCACACCCACUUUCCCUGCUCCCACCACACCCUCCCCCUCCUCCACCGCGCCCCCGACCCCGCCGCUCAGACAGUCGGCCUCCCGAUUCGCCACCUCGCUUGGUUCUGCCUUCCAUCCUGUCCUGCCUCAUUACGCCACGGUUCCCAGGCGGCAGCCGGCCUUCCCGCAAGCCCCGCCUCCAGCCCCCACCCCUCCCACUCCGCCCAAGUCUGUGGUGUGGUCAGCGUGUAACUUCACCCCACUGCCACCCUCGCCUCCAGUCAUGAUCAGCAGCCCCCCAGGGAAGGCCACGGGCCCGCGGCCCCUCAUCCCUCUGGCGGGGCAGUCCCCACUCAGUCAGAAGCCCCCGUCGCCAUCCCCCAACGGCCCCCCCAUGUUCCCCGCACCUUCACCUGUCACCAUCCCACACAGCCACACCCCCCUCGGAAUCACCUGCCCCACUCCGCCCCCGCCACCCACCCCUCCCCCUCUCCCCUCACCCAUGGGCCUCCCCGUGUCGUCUUCGUCCGUCUCCUCAUCCCAGGCUCCUGGUCUGCCCUCUCCCUCCACAGCGCCCCCUGCUGCCGCAGCUGCCGCCACCUCUGUCUCUGCUGAGCACCUCUCCCUCCCCGUGGGUCUGGGCCUGUCGGGGUCCCUGGAAUCGGACGCAGGCUCUGGGCCCCUCCCAGCUCAGGGGGGCUCCUCCUGUCAGCCCCAGCCCCAGGCAGACGUGGCUCAGACUCCGGCACUGACCACCCCUACCCCUCCCCCACCUCCACCCCUGCCGCCCGGCUCCACUGUGACCUCAGCAGCUGCCACCCCCAUCACCCCGGCCGGACACCCUCCUCCACCACCGGCUCCUCCUCUCCCUCCCUCUCUGACUCCAGGCGGGACGCCACCCCCUCCGCCGGGUCCUCCUCCCCCUCCCGAAGCACCACCACCACCCCCGGCACCACCUCUUCCCGCGGGGCUCUUCUCUCCUGCCGAGGAUCGCCCCAUCUCUGGUCUGGCCGCCGCCCUCGCUGGAGCAAAGCUGCGCAAAGUGCCAAGGAGCGAUGACGCAGGGGCAGCUCUGGCAGCGGCCCUGUCGGGGGCCGCAGGGGCCAAAACUGAGGCCAGAGGAAAUGGGCCUUUGCCUGGAGGAGGAGGACUGAUGGAGGAGAUGAGCGCCUUACUGGCCAGGAGGAGAAGAAUCGCAGAGAAGGGCUCCUCACCUGAACCUGACCAGAGAUCAGUAGGUGUCAUCAACUUGAUUUAUCUCUGAUUUGCUUCCAUUUUCAAAUUUUUCAUGUAUUUUAAUUUUUUUUUCUUUCUGAGUCACACAAAAGCUCUUGUG